GUUACCUGAUGGUCACAAAGGUGAGAGGUGAGGUUAGCGAUAAACAGGUAUUGAGAGGGUGGACAUGGAGGGCUGGGAGGAGGCUCAACUCCAGGAGCUCUGCUGCUCUCCUUGACCCCAUGAGCCCAGGGCAUGCACAGUGCACACACAUACAUUCAGAAGAAUACAAUAUGCAUACGGUAAAUUCAUUUUUUUAAAAAGAGGGCUAAAGAUGGCUCCAAAUUCACAGUUUUCCAAAUCCUCUAUGGUCACUGCUAUUUAACCUUAUAGCAGGGUCAGUGAAAGUUGCUGCUUCUUUCUAGAAAUUUCGUUUUCACAGGGCUUGAAAAGGGCUGGCAAUUACAUUCCAUUUUUUUUUGAGGUUGUUUUGUUUUUAGGGUGAUUUCUGCAGGACAGUCAAACACCCCCUGUCAUCCCAUCUUGGCUGCAGAGAGAAAUGUGUGAAGUUGUUGUAAUAAAAACUACUUUGCACUAUCAAAAUCUAAAACAGUCCUCAGUUCUGUUUAUUUUUUUGCGGUACACGUUUCAUUCAUGUCACACUUUCUUUCCAAAUUUGUAAUGCCAGUUUUCCAAGAAGCAGAUUCUAUUCGCCAAAAGUUCAGGGUCAUUGGUCAGGCAGCAGCAAAUCACUGGCAAGCUGGGCAGAGCUUCCAAAUCAGCUGAGUUAAAGAACCGCCCACUACCUAAAGUGUUCUGCUUUCAAACGUCCAUUAAUUCAUUCGUUGUUUGGGCAAGAAGACAGCUGGUGUAAAGCCUUCAUGAGAAUGUUACCUGCAGAGUCUACCCUCCCAGACUGCGUGAAAGGAAAUCGUAAAAGUCUUCAAGGACAAUCUCUCAGUGUCGUCUCCACUGAGUCUCCUGCUAAGCAUUACUGCUGCUAUGCAGUGAUCACGGUCCUCACUGUAGCUGUGAUUGUACUUUCUGUUGCUUUGUCAUUGCCAGCAAGGAAGCCAGAAGAUGACUCAAACAAAAAAUUCUUUGCUGCUUGUCCAAGACAGUGGAUUGGAAUUGGAAAUCAAUGUUAUUAUUUUUCUGAUGUCAUGAGAAACUGGACAUUCAGCCAGAUCUUCUGCAUGGCACAAGGAGCCCAGCUAGCUCGAUUUGACAGCCAGGAGGAGCUGGCUUUUCUGAUGAGAUACAAGGGGGAUUUUGACUACUGGAUCGGCUUGCUCAGGAAAUCAUCACAACAUGCUUGGAUGUGGACCGACAACACUGAGUAUAAAAACGUGACUUCCCCCCGAGGACAAGGAGAAUGUGCCUACCUGGUUGGCAAUGAGAUCAGCAGUGGCAGGAACUAUAUUCAGAGGAGGUGGAUUUGUAGCAAGCCCCAAAGUUUCACAGCUUGUGUUGUGCCAAUGCAGUCAUGAGAGGUCUGUAACAUGUUAUCUACACACGCAGCCUCAUUUCUUUAUCUUAUAAAACUAUCAAAAUCAAUUCAUAAUCUUUGGUGAUAUCAAACAUUAAAACAAUCAUAGGGGACUAUACUUAAGGAUACUUGUGUGAUUCUAAAUUACAUAUGUGUUUUGGUAUGCGGUUGUACUCAUAUCUUAAACCUGAAUUAUGGUCACAUCAGUAUUAGUGACCUCCACUUUUAUGAUCAGAUAGUGAAAUUUUUUCAUUAGUUCUUCCUUUGACUGACUGGUACAUUAACAAAAUGAAGGGAGGUCAGGAUUGAGCCAAGAUGGCUGCAACACAGGGCUUCUGCAGAAGGCUAGAAGGGGAGGCAGAGGAUUUGAGUCUCUUCAGCACCGUCUUCCCACAGAUGUGGGCAUACUGCAUCCGGCCUCAUCACGGGUUUGCAGUUGCCAAGAGGGAGCCUCAGACACCGAUGCCACAGCUGCUGCAACCCAAGCCAGAACCAAAGUGAGGCCCUGUUGUUAGAAAGUCAGGCAAGAGUGUCAGAGAGAAUGACUGGGUCUCCCAUAAAUGUGCCUUGACACAUCUGUAGGCUUUGUUAUCAGAACCUUUAAAGAUAUUUACACAGUGGUUCAAGAUGGUGGCUCGUGGGGUGGCUUCUUGGUCCCAACUGGAGACAGCACUGCUGUGGAGCUGCCCUCAGGUCACAGGUACCAUGGUCACACCUAAUGAGCCAGUGGGCCGGCCUUCACUGAGGGCAGAGAGAUAUGCAGAGGCCUGGAACUCUAAUGCCUGCAGAUGCUCUGUCCAGCCGGAAGAUCACCCUGUCUCUGAGCAACAACAGGACUCAUCUCAGUGAUAGCCUGCGAUCACCCUGGCUCUAAGCAACAUCAGGAUGUCUGUGAUGGAGAACGGUUCGUUUUCUGGAUUGGUCCUCCUCAAAAAAACCUAGCAUGGGUGGGGUGGUAAGAAGCAGCCCUGGACCUCUGGAAGGCUCUGUCCGCUGAUGCACUACCCAGCCCCAUGACCAGCCUGACUCUGAGGAACAGAGAGAUAUGAAAGAUGGAGAAUAGUGCACAUUCUGGAUUGGGCCCCUUCAAUUUGGUCUUGUCAGGGACCAUGAGAAUUAUAGCAGGUGACAACUAGUGUUCAGAUGUCAACCCACCAGAGGAAUGACUGUCUGAUGGAGGUUAAUCCUUUCCAGAAAAGGUCUGCAGGACCAUCGACUCUGAAAGCUGUUGUUCACUUUUGUUAGAGCAGUUUGGUGUCUCUCUAAUACUGCAUUGUAAUGUGUAAUCUCAUGUGGUGUGUACAUGUAACCUUAUGAUUGCAUCUCAACCGUAUGGGCACAAUUAUCUGUGGAUGGUCAGGUAGAUUCCUUUUUAUUUGUUUAGAAGAUUGGAUGUAGAUAAAUCAAGAUGUCUCCAUCAAAAUCAGAAACAUUUCAGUUUAUGUUUAAGAAAUGACCAAAGGGAAAAUAGAAUCUUAAGCUUGUGGUUAACCAGUAAGCAGUCCCUAUUAUAACUGUUCCUCAGAAUAUUAUUAAUGUUAAACUUUGAACUUUAGGAAUCUUAAUAUAACCAUAUCAUAAAAAGGGAAGGAAAUCUGAAACAUGUUGUCUUUUUAUUUUUUAUCAUUAUAUAAGUCUUAUAAGUUUUGUUUAUUCUGAGAAGUUUAAAUAUUUUAAAUGGCAGGGCGCGAGGUAAGCAAUAAUUUGUAUCAAUAAUAGUAUGUUUAUAUGUAUAGUUUUGAAUAUAUAAGAUAAUAUAUUUAAAGAUGAAUAUAUUUGAAUAAUAUUUGUAAUAUUAGUCAAUCUGUGUUUUUGAAUUAGUAAUAGCUUAAAAUUUAGUUAAAUUUAUUUACUUUUAUGUAUUUGUCCUUUUGUAAGUAAAAUUACUUAUAAUUUAAGCAAAAUUUAUCCUUAAUAUCUAGGCAUUAAAUUUUAUUUUUAAUUAUUAUUUAUUUUUUAAAAUAUUUUAAUUAUUUACUAGGUACACAAUCUUCUACCUGCAUGCCAGCAGAGGGCAUCAGAGCUCAUUCAAGGUGGUUGUGAGCCACCAUGUGGUUGCUGGGAAUUGAACUCAGGACCUUUGGGAGAACAGUCAGUGCUCUUAGCCGCUGAGCCAUGUCUCCAGCCCCUACUUUUAAUUAUUUUUAAUCGUUUAUAAUUUAAGUAAAGUUAUCUCUAACAGUUUAUAAGUUA